GGAAAAUUUGACAUUUUUUUUUUUGUUUGUAGAAAUUACUAUAAAACGUACCCCUCGUCCAGGCGCAGACGGCAGAUCUGAACUCGCGACUCGCACGAUUUCGUCGCCGUCUUCCUCCACUUAUCGCUUUCCUCCUGCAGAUGGCACCGAAGCCCGUAACAAGCCCCAUCCCCAUCCAUUUAUACCCUAUGCUCUCUGCGCUGUUGCUCGUUGUUGGUCUCCUCGUCACUGCCUUCUUCUUCAUUUACGAAGCUACUACAUCGACUAGGAACCGUUGCCUGGCAAAGGAGCUUGUGACAGCUGCAGUGGCAUCUGUCUUCUUGGGCUUUGGGUCUCUAUUUUUGCUCCUCGCCACUGGCGUCUACGUUUGAAGAUGUGUGGAUCAAUGAAUUUUCAAAUUUUAUACUGACCAUUAUAUUUAGAUUUACCCUUUAUAUUUCAGUCAUGCAUUUUCUGAGUAUGAUAAUUGACUUUGGUUAACAAGAUUUUGUAGUUUGGUAUGCAGCUAGCCGAUAAGGUUUAUUUCA